AUGGAAAGGUAUGGACAUACCACACCGGCCUGCCAUAUGUGCGGCUGUGAAGAUCACAACGUCGCCCACUGCCUCUACACCGACCAUCUUUCGGGUGCGCCUGCCAUACCAGAAGAAUUGGAUAAUGAUAUUAUGGAAAUAAGCCAUUUUCCUGAACCAAUCUCCAAAAAGAAAAAGAAAGCCAACAAAGUGAUCUCUGAAGUACCUACCGUUGUCCACCACAGCGCCAAACAACGUGGCAAUGGUCGUCCAGUAGCUUCUACCUCCCGUGGCAAAGCGCUGGCCAACCAAGGAGGUAAUUCAUAA